AUAGCUAGAACAAAGAUUGGAAGUUUGGGAGAAGCCCAGUAGGAGCUGGACAUACAAGCUGAUCUUCCUCUCACUGAGUUUAUCAGAACCUGGUUUAUGAUUAUAAUGGAAUUUAUGCUAAAUAUGAAAGCUAUUAGGGUUAUUGUGUUAAUGAUGACUCUUCAUCAGUUUGCGCUAGUUUCCACUCAGGAGUGUCCAUCCACUCAUGAUCUGCUGAACUCACUGCGCCAAGUAGAGAAGAUGUUAGCCGUACAUGAGACAUCAUACCAGCAAGGUGUACGUUCCCUGAGGAAGAAGAUUAGUGCGCUGCACAACAGCACCAUGGCCAUCUUUAAAAUGGGUAAAAAUGCAUCUUGUCCUAAGCCUGACCCCCCAUCAAACGGCCGUAGGCUGGGCAGAGUGUUCGGUGUGGGACAUGAGGUCCACUUCCUAUGCAGACCCGGUUAUGAGCUGAUAGGCCCCCGAACUCGAGUGUGUCUAGAGACUCUGAAGUGGAGUGGCCAACAGCCUAUGUGCAGAGAACUCAACAGAACCACCAACUCCCUGGCUUCCUUCUCUUCAGCCGUGUCCUCCUUUGCUACCUCUGCUGCCUUAUCUGCCUCCUCUUCGACAUCCUCCCCUUUUCUGGCCUCCUCCCCAACAUCCUCCUCUCCCUCUUCCUCUAUAAGACCUUCUAAUUGCACACAUUUCCUGGGCUCAACUCACUGUACCUGUGAUGUUGGUUUCACCAUAUCAGGCCGCGACAAUAACAUCUGCACAGAUAUCGAUGAGUGUCAUCUCUUUCCCCUCGCACAACCUGGUCGUCUCUGCAUUCAUCAGUGCAUAAACACACCUGGAAGUUUUCACUGUGUUUGCCCUAGCGGCUACAGCUUGGCCAGAGAUGGGCGCAGCUGCACAGAUAUUGAUGAAUGUGAAAACCAUUCACACAACUGUACAGCUGACCAACUGUGCGUUAACACCUUUGGGGGUUUCCAGUGCGUGACAGUGGAAUGUCCAAAGACGAAAAAUGCCAGUUACGUCAAGACGUCUCCAAUGCGCUGUGAGAGGAACCCGUGUAUGUUCGGGGACCGAGCGUGCAACCAAGCUCCAAACUCCAUCUCCUUUCACUUUCUCGCUGUGGUUUCAAACAUGUCUGCCCCUCGCGUCCUCUUCAGGGUGUCUGCAGCCCGUGUGCUAGGAGAUACUCUGCGAUUUGGCCUAGGUGGUGGCCAUGGCCAAGGUCACUUCAGCGUGCAGCGCUCUGGUCGGCAGACCGGGACCCUUCUCCUGGUAACACCUAUCAAAGGCCCGGCCACUUUGGAGGCAGAGGUAGAAAUGAGUGAGCUGGAGCGCAACACCCUGCUAGGCCGCUAUCUUACCAAGGUCACCCUGUUCGUGUCCCCUUACAUGUUCUAGUGGGAAAAGCAAGUGAGAAGUGUCCACAGAACCAGGGUUAAGCAAACUGUUUGAUGCCACAGUAUCCAAGUGUGAUUUAGUGUGAUAUUAAGACCUGAAUUAUCAAAGACAUUAUAUUAUAUUCAUUUUUUACAUUUUAACAUUUACCUUUCCAAACAAUGGAAAACUAAAGUACUGUGGAGUCCCCUGACUUGAAAAAGUUCUAUUUACGUACAGGCAUGUUUCCCAAACGAGGAUAUGCUACCCUUAGUGGUCUGUGGGGGUAUUGCAAUGGGUACAUGAAAGUAUUUUAUUAGUUAGUAAAAUAAAAUAGGGCUAGGAUCUGUUCUGCUUUGGUAGAACCCAAUUGAAAAAUUAAACAAGAAAAGGAUGUUUUUCUUUGAGUUAACCUUCAGCUGUGACACUCAUCAAAACCAAGCAGAGGAACAUCCUGGAUGUGGAGAACAGCCUGGUAUCUGCCAUUUUUCACACUGAGCUAUUGCAGUUCAUCAAACAAGCUCAGGUGCCUUUAUGAAACAAAUAAAAAUUAAUGAAGUCAGUCUGACUAUACGUUUUGUUCUGUAUUUUGUUCCCAAUUCAAGUUUAAUAUGAUUUUAGGGGAUUUACUGAGAGGAGCUACAGUUUUAUAAAUACAGGUUUAUAUUUGAUACUUUUUUGUAUUUAUUUUGAUUCUUCACUAAUUUCCUGGCAACAUAUUUAUGGUGCUUUUUAUUUGGAAUGAAUACAAUGAUAAGUAUUAAAUGCUCAAAUUAAAAGAUUAAGUAAAAUAGUCUUUAUUUCAGUUUUUGUGCGUUCCACUUUUAGACAAUCAUCAAUACUUGACUUUGACUGACAAAGAAACUGUGUUCUUCAUUUGUUUCAUCAGAAUCACGUCACCAGUGAUAAACCAAAGAAGUCAUAUUGUUAUGAUUUCUACACAUAUUCUAAUUGAUAGGCCAGUGGUCUUAAAUUUAAGACCCAUUGAGGACUGGAAUCCUGCCACCUUUAGAAGUGUCCUUUGCCCUACACACCUGAAUCAAAUGGCUAGGCUAAAUUAUCUCACUACCAGAAGUCAUGCUAUGCUGGAGGGCUCUGCCUUAUUAUGAAGAAAUAUAUUAAAGUGGAGACCCAUCCAAACGCUUUUUGACACUCGAGAGAACCUCAGUUUGAGACCACGGCUGUUUACAGUACAUCAGAUUGAUUAGUUUGUGCAGAUGUCAUACUGAUUUUAUUUUUUACAUCUUUUUUAUGGACUGGAUAUAUUGCACAUAUUCCAUGGGCUGCUCUUCAGAGUAAAAUGGAGCUAUAAGAGUCUCAAUUUCAACAAAGUCACAUGUGAUCCUCAUGUGCACAGGACAACAUCCAGACAUGCACAUAAUAGGUACGUUCGAGUUAAAAAGCGCCUUGCCUGGAAUGUGGACGAGAGUUUACUGCUAUGUUGAUGGGUGAGGUUAAAAGUUUAUUGUGAAGACAGACAGAGCUGUCUGCAACUAAACAGCAUCGUGUUCAUGUUAUUGAUGAAAACUAACAUAAUAAAAGACCUAAAAUAAACUUUCCUUUGGAGUAACAUGUACUGAAUUGAUGAAGAGUCUUACAGUUAGUUCUGUUAUGUCCAUUAAUAUUAACUUGUAUUGAUUGACUGAUUUUAUUCAAUUUCAGACUUAAGAUCCACAAAAAAACACACCAUUUACAACCACAAUACAUUGUAGAACAGAAAAGAAAUUUAAAAAGAUAAAAUUAUACCGUAUAUCAUAUAAUUUAUCCAAUUAAUAAUUGUUAUAAGCGUGCCCCCGGUCAGAAAUUAACCUGUUAAUAAGGCUUCAUGUUACAACACAAAAGAAUUAAACAAUCAGCCAAGCAUAGCCUAAUACUGCAUAUAUAUUUAUUUUGAGUAUUAUUUUGCAUCUUAUUUAUAUAACAUCUAUAUACUUAUAACAAAUAGCCUCCAUCUAAAAAUUCUGUCAGCCAAUUAAGAACAAAUAAUUUGAAUAAAUAUGCCACAGAUUAAUAGUUCAAGCUUGUAUUUAUUUAUAUUUUGAAAAAAAUAAAGGGGUGAGGAGGACAUGUAGGGGCUUAUUUAUUUACAAUACUUAGAUCCAAUUACCUGUCCGUUCCCUGGUGACAGGAGAGGUUUUUCCCAUCUUGCAUUGCAGCAAACACAGUUGCUUUAGAUCAUCUAUGGCGGCUGCCUCAAAUGGCUGGUCUCUUUCUGAUCUCUAGAGGUUUCAGUCGCUCAUGAGCUCUAGACAUCAGAUGGGAGCAAGUUGGACAGAAAUCUAACUGACGUGCACCUCGCUCAGUCCAACACCGAUCCGAUCUGCGUGGGUCGACCUAAUCUUGAACGCACCUGAUGAUUAAAUUCAGCACAUAAAAUGUAUAUAUUCACAAAACAAGAUUCACAUAACUAUUUGUGAUUCAUAAACAGUUUUAUCUUAAGUCUCAAACUGUCAUUUGUCUUUGAACUUUACUGGAUGUGUGCAUGGAUUGUUGACACUCACCUGAUGUGACUCCAUACACAAAUGCUUUUUUUAACAAGAUAUGAUUUGCUACUAAUUAGAUAAAUAAUUAGCUCUUUAGCUUGAGCCAAUCACAAGAGCAUACACCAGGUGGUCAUUGAUUUUCUUAUAGGGUAGGAUGUCACAACAACAGAAAGGGGCAGAGACUGACCACAUUGCAGACUCAUACCAUAUUUGGAAAUGGCACCUUUGUGCUCCACAAAUGAGAGGGGGCACUAUUUCCCAUUCCAGCUGACUGUUGUGCCUUUACCACAACAUUGCAGGAAGUAACCACUCAGAGUCUGGAAUAGAUUGCACUUGUGUUUACUUUUUUGUAUCCCUCUCUUUAACAUAGACAUGCAUAUACAAUUUGCAGGCAUAACAUGACAAAACAGAGGGAGCAAUCUGCAGAAAAACAUAGUACCAUUCAGACACUACACCCUCCCUCUUCAGAUGUAUGCUACACAUAAUAGUCCAUAAAACUCAUUGUUACUACAAAACAAAACAACAACAAAAAAUUCAGAAGUCCAGUCUUUUUGGUGGUGCCCUGAUUCUAUCAGGAAUCUAUCAACAAAUGCAGCCUGAGCAGUCCACCCCCCUAGGCCAACUAUAAAAUGCCAGCCACCCGAGCCUAAGCGCCAGGCAUUCCCCAGUGUGUCCUCUCACUCUACUGCAGGCGCAGGCAGCAGUUCAAAGACAACUGGUAGUUCAAAAAUCAAGUUAUAAUUGUCUAUGCAUCACAAUUUUUUUCAUGAAUCUUGUCUUGUGAAAAUGUAAAUUUCAUAUACUUGUUAAAAUUAUUAUGUGCAUAUGUGGAUCUAGUGUGGAUGUGUGGAUCUGGUGUGAAUGUGUGGAUCUAGUGUGAAUGUGUGGAUCUAGUGUGCAGGUCUGGGUCUGGUGUGCAUAUGUGGAUCGGUUGUGCAUCUGUGGAUCUGGUGUUCAUGUGUGGAUUUAGUGUGGAUCUAGUGUGCAUGUGUGGAUCUACUAUGCAUGUGUGGAUCUGGUGUGAAUGUGUGGAUCUGGUGUGCAUUUGUGGAUCUGGUGUGAAUGUGUGGAUCUAGUGUGCAUCACUGUAUCUGUGUGCAUGUAUGUAUCUGGUGUGCAUGUGUGGAUCUGGUGUGAAUGUGUGGAUCUAGUGUGCAUUUUUGGAUCUGGUGUGCAUAUGUGGAUCUGUUGUGCAUGUGUGUAUCUAGUGUGCAUG